GGAAAACAACACUCGAAGACUUGAAUUUAAGCGGUCUAAAGAUGAAAAUGGAAAGGAAAGAAAGGAUGUAUUUGUUUUCCAUUGCAAUAUUUGCAGUGGCAAUUGCUAUCAUUUCAUUAGUGUGCUCAAUGUUUUUAUAUUUUGAAUCACAAAAACAAAAUAAAAGACCAAUGCAAGAGAAUGAUGAGAUGCUCAAAAUGAGAAACGAAUUCAUGAAAAUGAAGGAUGACUUCAUAAGAGGGCAAGAUUUAAUAGAAGAGUUGAAUAUUCGCAUUGGGACAUUGGAAACUGAGGCACUACUGCACCGCACAAACGUGGCUGAUAAAAGAGAUGGAAAGGAAGAUUACAAUGUCACACGUAGGAAACGGGAGGCAAUAGCAGCAGAUCAAGCUGGAAAUGUCUAUGGGCGAGAUGGCAGAGAUGGUUCGAUGGGGCCACCUGGUCCACAAGGACCUCCUGGACCCCAAGGUCCAGCAGGAAGGGAUGGAAGGGAUGGACUGAGUGGCCAAGGACAAUGGAACAAUGAACUAAGCCACUUGCUGGAGCAGCUCCAUCAUGAUAUUACUAACAAUAAUAGAACCUCUGGUGUACAAGGCCCUUCAGGUCCCUCUGCUGGGGGUGCAGUGUAUGUGAGAUGGGGAAGAACAACCUGCCCAGAUACGACUGAGAAUGUCUAUUCAGGUAUAAUGGGUAAAUCACACUAUGCCCACACAGGAUCAGGAGGCAACUAUCUUUGUCUACCAAGGGAACCUGAGUGGGGGAAGACCACAGCUGGUGGGCAGUCUGCGGCAUUUAUUUAUGGAGUUGAGUAUCAAGUCAGCUAUGAUAACAACCCAUUCCUUACAAACAAUUUUCCUGACCCAACCAAACCAGCUACUUGGCUACAUGACCAUGAUGCGGUGUGUGCAGUUUGCAGGGUACCAGAUAGGAGCAGUCACUUUAUGCUCCCUGCAAUGAAAACAUGCCCUGAUUCAUGGAUCAAGGAAUACAAUGGCUACCUUAUGAGUGAACGUGAUUCUUCUCAAAAAUCUGAAUUUAUAUGCGUGGAUGAAGCACCUGAAGCCGAUGCAGGAGGUCAUGAGAACAAGAAUGGAGGCCUGCUGUAUGUGGUGGAAGCCAGGUGUGGCUCCUUACCCUGCCCUAAUUACCAAGACUACAUGGAACUAACAUGUGCUGUUUGUACAAAAUAA